CAUUAGAUAUCAUCUGAUCACGUCAUUAUCAUUGCUACCCGAAUCUGGGGGGAAAGAAGUGUAAGCUCAGAGGGAUACUGGACCAUUGGAAUAUUUGCCUUUAGGGCAAGAUGCUGAGGCAGUUUAUGUGCAUUCUUUGCCCAGGCACAAAAAAAAUGUAUCAUGGACAGAAUUUUGUGUGGAGGAGGCUGGGUGCUGGGUGCCCACUCAGAUGGUGACAGGGGCCUGCUUGGAUUCCCAGCAACAGUGGAUUGUAGGUGGCUUGGUGCCUCUAUGAGAGUUCCAACAAGACAGUGGGUGAGCUGAAUGCAGAGGGCAGGGUGCAGGGAGUGUGGGGCUGAUGCAGAGGGGAUGGUGCAGGGAGUGGGGCUGAUGCAGGAGGGCAGGGUGGCUGCAGGAGGUUGGCAGUGGGUGCGGAUUGCUGGGGGGGUGAAAGUAGCGACUCGUGGCCCCGCCCAUUCCCUACCUGUCGAACAGGUGCAGCGCACAGUGGAGAAUCGCACGGAGUUGCAGCGACAUGUCAGGGGAGCAGGGGCCACUGUGGGCGAUCUCGGGGCCCCAGAUGUGGGCAGGAAUCGGGCAGGAGGGACACGGGGAGCCCUGGGUAGGAGAGUGGAUCCCGGGCGAGCAGGAGAUCAGCCUGGGGGGCCCAGAAGAGGAGCCCGGUGACCUUGGAAUAAUCCCCGCACAGCCUGGCACAGCGGAGCAGCAAUCAGCAGACACCUGCCGGGAACACGGGGAGCAACUCCUCUGGUUCUGUUACCCCGAGUCCAGGCUCAUCUGCCCCCAGUGCCGGACCCACUGCCACAACCACCGGACUGUCCCCUUGGAGGAGAGAGCCGCCCACAUCCGGAACAAGAUUGUGGACCGGUGUGAGAAACUGCAACUGCAGACAGCAGGGAUAGAAAAGUACUUGGGGGAUACCCUGCCCACAAAGACCACACAUGUGGCGGCCACAGCCAGAGCGGCCAGGGAGCUGGUGAUCCAGAGGCUGAACCUGAUCAGGUCUGUGUGUGACAACGAGGAGCAGCGGCUGCUGGAAGAGGUCCAUGCUGAGGAAGAGAGGGCCCAGCAGGGAAUCCUCACCCAUAGUGCCCACUGGAACGAAUCUGCCCAGAAACUCUCCGAUAUUAGGACCUCCCUGGUGGACACACUGACCAAGCUCGAUGACCUCAGCCUCAUUAAUUCAGAGGAAGCCAUAGAACACAGGACAGAGGAAGCAGAAGGGAUCCUAGAGCCGCAGGACUCGGACAAGUUAAACUUUAACCCAAACUGCGUCCAGAGUCCAAUAUUGAACAGGCUGUGGGCUUCCUCCAUCUUCUGCUGCCCCGCAGUGUGUGAGGACCUGGCGUUUGACAUGAAGACCGCUGGGCCCCUGUUGGUGCUGACAGAGGACCAGGCUCUGCGGUUUCUCCAGAAAAAGCCCAAGAACUAUUCUGACGAGCCGGAACGCUUUAACCACUGGCCCAACUGCUUGGCCACCAGGUCAUUCCAAGGCGGCACCCAUACUUGGAAGGUGAAUGUGGAGAAAAGUGGUGCUUACAAACUGGGUGUGGCCUACGGGUCCAUGGCGCGCAAGGGCUCGGGAAACGACUCACGGCUUGGGUACAACCUGGAUUCUUGGGUCUUUUCCCGAUACGACAAGGACUUCCGCUUCUCCCACAAUUCCGAGCAUCAGGCGGUGGAGCUACUCCGAAACCCCAAACAUAUCGGGGUUGUACUGGAUUUUGACAGAGGGGAACUCAUCUUUUAUGACCCUGGUGCUUGCAUUAUCCUCCACACCCACCGGACCAAGUUCCGACACCCGGUUUUUCCCGUCUUCGCUGUGGCAGACGAGACCAUUGCCCUUAUAUAAUGAGUCUAAAGGGCAACUUGUACUAUUUAUAUUCAAAGGAAUCAUUUCCCAAACUGCCCAAAUACUUUAUAGUGUAACACAGCAACAUCUCUGCACCUGGACUCCAUAUUCAGCAGACUGCCAGCCCCCACCUGUGAUCCCCCUAGCCAUCAGCACCCUCAGGCACCCAUUGCCCCAAACUGUCAGUGGGGCCCUCGAUGUGCUCUAAACUAUUGAUUGUAUUAGAAGGACUGUGCCUGUCUUGCCAUGGACUUGUAAUAGAACUGCAAUCAUGAAUUUCACCCCAGGAGUCUGUCUGUCCUGCUGAGACAGUUCCUUUCUGUUUAUUCUCGUUUACCCACUGUAUGUAACUAUAAAUUAUAGGCACUUCCCUCCUCCCAUAUGUAUAAAUACAAAUAUACAGAGAAGGAAUAUUCUGUGAUGUAUUUGGGAAACCAGGGGGGCAGGAGAUGUAAGGUAUUUGGGUAACUGCAGUGUUUCACAUGAAGAACUGAAUCGCUGAAGGCAAAACCCACCUAGAUAUGAGAAUCCCCCCAUUUACACUGCUUCUUCCAGGGGUGGUUGACCUUUAGGUUCACAUUUAGAAGGUUAAAGAAUUGCCACUACUAAGGAACUUUUCAAUCUUUAUUAUUUACUAGACAUUAAGCCUGUUAAAUUAACGGGCGCUAGAACAUAUGUAACGACGGUCUGUGGGGCACAUGUGCAGUAGCGCAAUCCCACGGACACAGGGACUGGACGCAGAGACACUUCAACUUUAUUAUAUAGGAUAGUUGGGUUACCAGAUCUCUUGAAAUUUAGGGACAUUUAUCAGACAUGUCCCUGAAGUUUCAAGUGAUCUGGUUGAUCCUGUUAUGUUUUCUGUAAAAUCACAACUCUGAUCCUAGAUGUUUAAUGUGAAUCUCUGUCAUAAUGUAAAACAGGAUUCCUGGAAGAAAUGGCGGGUAUAGGAUCUCUAAUUACGGGAAGGCCAUCUCCCAUAGACUCCAUUUUAAUCAAAUAACUUAAAAUGUUAAAACAUAUUUUCUUUUUGAAUAAGAUAAUUAACAUUUUUAAACUUGCUUUCCUUUUUCUCUGUACUCAUAAAACAGUGUGUUGUACCUGA